AUGCAUGAUAUCCAUCGUUCAGUCAUGUAUACACUUCAAUCUAUUGAAGAUUUAUUUUCUCAAUAUAAUAAAUCAGAAAUUAUUUUCAUUUUUCUUCCUUUACAAUUGAUGAAUAAACUUGAAGAAUAUUUAAUAGAAUUAUUAUCUAAAAUGAAAAGUUUAAAAUAUUCAUUUGAUUACAAUCAUAGUCAAUCGUUUUCAUUAACAAAACCACAAUUAUCAUCUUCGAAAAUCAUUAAUAUUCUUCUUCUUGAUGAAAUAAAUGUUGGUAAAUCAACUUUUAUCAAUGCUUUUAUUAAUUAUAUUCAAUAUAAAACAUUCGAACGAGCUGAAUUAAAUAAACUUAUUGUUCUUAUAUCGGUAUCAUUUUGCAUAAUGAUCAACAAUAAUUAUGAAGAACAUAUUACAAGACAUAGUGAUUUUGAUAAUUCAAAUCAAUCAGUAACACAAUAUUGUAAAUCAUAUAUAUUUCAUUUUAAAGAUAAUGAUGAAAUAAAAUUACGUUUUAUUGAUACACCUGGUUUUGAUGAUACACAAGCUAAGAUCAAUAUGCAAUAUAUUUUCGAUUAUAUUAAUAAUUUUUUGAUAUUUAAAUAUAAUACAUUCUAUUUUGAUAAUGCAUCAUUUCGAUAUUUAGUUGCUGUAAAAAAUGGAAUUCAAUUCGAUGAUAGCGAGAAAAAGAAAUAUGAAAAAAGUUGGUCAAUUUCAAUAAUAGAAUCCAAUCGAUUAUUUGAUUAUAUUUGUAAGAAUUUCAUAGGUUGUCUUAUACCAGGAAAAUUACAAUUAAUAAAACAUGCUCAAUUUGAAAUUAUGCCUAUGAUACGACCUAUGUUAGAAACAAUGCGUAAUAUUCUUCAAUAUAUUAUUAUACCGCAUAUGAAUUCUAUAGCAAAAUCUAUUGAAAUACAUCCUAAAGUUAUUCAUCGUCUAUCUACUAUUUGUCUCAUGUGUAAACCUCAGGUUCAUCAAGUUGGUGACUUUUGGAUUGUAAAUGAUUUUCCACAUGAAAUCCAAGAAAUUUGUUAUACUUGUUCAUGUCCUUUCAAUCAACAUGUUCCAAUAGAUUAUCUAUUCAAAUACGAACUUUCAAGUCACUCGUUCAAUAUUGAUCAAUGUCAAGCAAAGGAAUUAUUAUCGAAAUUGUGUUAUGCUAGUGCUGAAUUUCCUUUUUCUUUUCUUAUGUAUGCAGCAUGUGUAUCAAAAGAUGAUCUAUUUGAUAUUGUACUAACAAAAAUGAUUGAUGAAGAAAAUAAUAUUUGUCUUAGUCAAAAUGUAAAUCAUUUGAAUUUACAGUUAGUUAAUGAGUUAAGAAAACUAAAAAGUAAUUAUGAAAUCCACAUAAAUGAUAUGAAGAAUAAUCAUCAAUAG